CGAUAGCGCAUCUCCGCUUACCAACACUGGCCGAAACACACAUAUUUUUAAUAAACGCUGUUUUCGACAAAAUAAGGUUUUUUUUCUGCUCAGAGGUCGAACCGGAGCCGCCAACAUGAGCAUGGAGGUGUGCGGCAGUGUGGUUACCAACAGCAAGUACGAACUUUUCCGCCUCAAGUGCAUCUACUGCACGAUAGAGAGCGAGCUCAAAGAUUGGGAGCUGUUCAUCGUCCAUGUAAGGACGGCCCACUUCUGUGACGAGGAGGACUUCGGGCCCAUUGAAGCCAAACACGACGCAAAUGAGCAAGAAAUGAACUCUGGGACUGGGACUUCGGAUCCCGCCAUCGCCUAUGGCCCGGACGACUUCUUCGAGGUGAUCGACAACAUCAAUACAGAUGAUCAAUGGCUGCAAGCUGAUGGCGACGAGGUCCAAUACUUGGACGAUGGCACCACUUGGUCUCAGCCCACAGCCGACUUCGGCGAGUUCAUGUCAGAAGCGCCAACCGGAACUAAAGCCAAUGAAAUGGUUGACUCCUCCCAAAAUGAAAUCCCCCUUAACGGCGAGGACGGCGAAUGCAGUGACUUUUAUAUGUCUGAGGAUGACCUGUUACCCCAAAAAAGAGUUGGACGACCCCGCAAACGAACUAGACCAGGACAGGUUUUUAAGUUCAAAGUGUCGUUCAUUCGGAGCAACCCCCGGGUGCUGCAUCUGAUACAUGCCUACAAAGAGCACCCCUGCCUAUGGGAUCCCUCGGACGAGCACUAUAAAGACGAGCCAGCACAGAAUAUGGCCUACGAGUCAAUCAUUAACCGCAUGGACAUCAAGGCCAAUGUGCUUCUCACCGUGGAAGAGCUGAAGAAAACAAUCGAGCAGCUGCACGUCCAGUACACGCUGGCUUUGGAGUCGAAGCAAAAGGGAAAGCUGGUUGGCCUGGCGGCGCGCUACUUUGCCAAGUGCGAGUACCUAAGUGUGGCGCCCGGCAUAACGCCCAAAGAGACGGAGGAGGACGAUGACUUAACUGUCAUUAAGCUUAACUUUAAGGAGGAAAACCUGGUCACAAGCUCCUUUAUAGAGACGUACGCCAAUUAUCCUGGGUUGUACAACCCCGAGCUACCGCAAUUUGGAUCUGUAGAGGAGCGCGCCACUGCUUACAAAAAGAUGGCCAAGGAAUUUCAGCCGGUGGUGAAGGCCAACGAGACGGACGUGUACAUCGCGGUCAACAAGCUGCGCCGCUGGCUGUACGACGCCAUGCGUCGCCUCAAGUCCAAGGAGCUGAUCCAAAAGUGUAGUAAGCAGGAGGUGCAGUACCUCCGCAUGUGCAGCUUUCUGCCCCCCAAGGGCUCGGAGAGCACGGUGCUGUACUGCGACUACUGCGAGAAGCGCUUCCACGGCGACUACAACCUCCGGGUGCACAUCGUCAAGGCGCACCAGGUGGGCGACCUGCCCUACCUCUGCAACCUCUGUCCGCGGCGCUUCGACCGGCAGGUGGACAUGGACCGGCACAAGCUUCGAACCCACUUCGAGCGGAAGCUGAGGUGCCAGUAUUGCGAGAAGAGCUUCGCCGUGGACACCGACCUGAAGGUGCACGUUCUGAUUCACACGGGCGAGCGGCCGCACGUCUGCGACAUCUGCGGCAAGACUUUCCGGCUCAAGCUGCUCCUGGACCAUCACGUCAACGGUGUCCACCUGAACAUUCGGCCCUACAGCUGCAACAUGUGCAGCAAGACCUUCCGCAAGAAGUUCGAGCUGGCCAACCACAUCAAGGGCCACUUGAACAUCCGUGAUAAGAAGUGCGAGUAUUGCGACGCCACGUUCUAUGACCAUUCUUCGCUCUCCAGACAUCGACGUAUUCAUAGGAGUUGAUGAGUUUUUGACUAACUCGAAGACGUAAUGGUUAGCUUCAGGCUAAAUAAUCUCGAUCAGUAAAAUUCCUUCGUUUAUCUUAAAGCAUUGAAUUAAUAUAACUUAAAUGAUUUUAUUCUACCAUUUUAAUCAUGAAAAUGAAAUAAAUAUUAUUAAUAUAA